AUGGAAGAAAUAUCUUAAGGAAAACAAUAAUAAUAUUAUUAUAAAGUACCAUUAUAAUAAAGUCAUAGAGAAAAACACAUUUUCUUUAUUAGCGAAGACGACUCAAAUAUUUACAAUCAUGCACAAAAAAGUGUUCAAGAAUACAUUUAAAAAAAUAAACUUAAUUGGCUUGUUUCCAGUUACGAUUUUUAGAAAUAUUUAAGUAAUAAUUAGUUUUAGGAUAGAAUUUGUGGAAGUUAAUAUCUAUAUGAAGAUAUUGAUAAAAAAUAAUUAUAUCUGGAUUAAGACCUUACUUGUACUGAAAGGACUCUUAUUGACUAUUAUAAGAAAUAUAUUCAUGUUUUUCAAUAAAAAUUUGGGACUCAUAUCGAAAUUUAGAUUAAAAAUGGAAGUAAAGAAAUGUAAGACUACUGGUCUUCUUACCUUAGAACGACUAUUCUUGAAUAGAUAUUAAAUGAGAUCAUUUUAUUAUCAAGAAAUAAAGAUGUUUCGAUUAUUUUAUUCAUGCGUCCUUAUUAGUAUGCAACUUUUACUGAUUUAAAGAACGAAUUUGAUAAAGUAAACUCUCGAUGCAACUUCUUCUAUGUAAAUAUUGGAGACUAUGAUUUAAAAAAGUUUUCUCUUUUUGCCUCAGCUAUUUAAAAAAACUAUUCAACAUAAUAGCUUACCCAUAAACUUUGCUACGCUUACUAAUAAUACUUCAGUGGAAAAGAUUUAGAGUUGUUCGAUUAAAAUAAACACUCAUUUAUUGCAAAAGCUAUUGAAGAUAUUAUUCCAUGCUUACAUUUUCAUGAAAUUGUAGAAGUUUAAGUCGAAGUUUAUUAAUAUUAUUGGUAGGUUAUUUGUGGUAGUUAUGUAAUUUCGAAAGAAGAUCAUGGGGAUUAAAUCAAAUUUUAAUACAAUUCUAACGAAUUUUUAGUUAAAGAAAGAAAUUUGGAUGUAGAUGAAAUGAUUAAUAUAUUUUCUACAUGGGUGAACGAUUUACUUGUUAAAUAUGGUCUAGAACAGAUAGAUCAAAAUUAAAUAUAAAAGACUAUAGAUUUUUUAACUAUGUAAAUGGAAGAGAUUGUUAGAUAAAUUAAUAUUACAAACAUUCCCUUAAAUAAGCCUGUGGAGAAUAUGAGUGUGAGAUAACGUCUUAUUGCUUAACAAUCUAACUGUGUGCGUUACAAUAUGGCUGUCCUUAUUAAAUCACUUUCAAAUUUAUUUAAAAUUGGAACUGAAGUUGGAAAAUUUCACUAAAGAGCUCUUGCUAUGAAAGGAAUUGAUGUUGAAGCUUUUCAAAAGAUGAAAAACUUUUUUAUCGAAGAGUUGUUAAGAGUGAAAUCUUCUAUUAGCUAUGAAAGUGAUUAUGAAAAAUCCUUUUUUUCUCUUGAAAAUAUGAAAGAUAUAUUUCUAUAAGAAGAUAUUAUUGAAGGUUUUAAGGAAGUCAAAAGCUAACAUCAUUUAAUAUCAGCUUUUCCAUUAAUUGGUUUGGGCGUAAAACUUUAGAGAUCAGAUGGGUCUAUGAUAAAUCCAUAUUUAGUUUAAAUCCUUGAUAUAGCUAAGAUUAAUGCUAAUGUAGACACUGUUUCCAUUCAAAAUACUCCAGAUAAAGUAUUAAACUUAAAUGCUGGCUUUUAUAUGGGAGCUGCCACUGGAUAUAGAAUUUGGUAUCCUUAAUAUACAGAAUAUCAACCAAAAAAAUAAGUUUUGGACAAAAUUUUCCAGACAUAGCUUUUUUAUUAUCAAUCUGAAUAAAUUAAAGAAAAAAUAGAUGCAGUCGUUCCUUUAUUUAGUCCAAAAGAUUAUGAUCUAAAACCUUUAUUAUCUACUUAGUUUUUCCCAUAAUGUGGAUACAUGCUUUUCUGA